AAUGAAUAGCAAUUCGAACUUUAAUGGUCAAUUAUAUAAAGGUUUUAUUAUAAAAAGUGACCAUAAUUUGUCCUCACUUGGUACGACAUCAACACCACAAACUGCAGAAUCAACAAUAGGGUCAACAACGGGGACAAUAAUUAGAUCGACAACGUGGCAAACAACAGAACAAACAACAAAAAGAACAACAGAACGGACCACACAACCAACAACAGAACAAACAACAGAUAUAACAACUAUCCUACAGUCAUCGGGUAUCAACUGGAUUGAAAAGAUUAUAAUGGGAAACUCUUAUUACGUUUCUCCAGUGGAAAAAACAUACGUCGAGUCACUUGCAUCCUGCCUGAUGGAUAAUUACAAACCAUUCUUUUUUCAGGACGACGUUGCCUCUUUAACAGAUUUUAUUAAGGCAGCAUUUACAAAAAAUACUGAACAUAUUAUAUUCCUAAACGACAAGACUGUUGAAGGUCAGCUGGAAUGGAGCGCAGCUGGAGAAGUUCUCAGAUCCGAUUUGAGAAGUCAUAUAAACGGAAAAAUUUCGAAUAGCGAUUCGAAAGAUUGUAUAACAGCAUUAAAGCAAGUUUUCGAUAUGUUCUUUAUCGUCCUAUACGCAUCUAUUUUCCUUCCGAUUGAUAGUCAAAUCGCUUGGAUGGAUGGUUCGAUUUCCUAUACAGUCGUCGAUAAUUUUGGCUUAGCUUCAAUAGAAAGGUUUAGAAGUAAAUUGGAGUGUUUUGUCAAAGUUUUCGCUAAAGUUUACCUUCAAAAGUCGCCUGUGGUUAUUUUUAACGAUCACGUCUGUACAUAUGCCAAUUCAACUAUUCCAGAUAUGAUAACAAACGGUGGAAAAGUGAUGAAAAUAGUAGAAUUCAAUAAUAGAGUAUUCAGCAAAAUUCCAGAUCCCGAACCACCUGCAAUUCGGAUACUUCUUUAUCAGGGUAAAAAAUAUGUGAUUGUCGACGAGAAAUUGAACUAUUUCGAAGCUUUGAUAAGGUGUAAUCAUUAUAAGAUGAUGGGUUUUCUAAGGAACGCUGGUGAUACGGGAGUAUUGUUAUACAAGCUAAUUGUCGAUGCAAAACUUCACGACAAAAUAUGGAUGAUGAUGAACGACAUAGAACAUGAAGAUACGUUAGAAUUAUGGAAACCAGGAGUAACCAUGAAUUCUCAACUACGUUUUUUAGUAAAUAAAUACGUAAAGGGAGUUGCAUCGAAUAGCGAUCAUGAAGAUUGUCUUAUGGUAGAGAUAACAGAUAACGAAAAAGAUUUACAAUACAACUAUCGCAAAUAUGAAUCUCAAAUAUUUUAUGGAAGAAUUUCAAAUGAACAACUUGAUUUUUCAAAAUUUCAUUUCCUCGGUUAUUCCAGAAGUCGAUUGGAUUGUAUUAAAGAUAUUUCAACAAUGGAUUGUACGUCUGAAAGAAUAUUCAUUAUCUUUGAAACAUUCUCGUGUCUUUAUUCAAAUACUUCUGUUUUUAGCGGUACACUUUCCGCUACUAAAUAUCGUCUUAUACAACUCACUAACACUGGAAAUGGUAAUAUGAACGAAUUUCAAACUACCACUAACAAAAUGGUACAGACUACCAUUAUCCCAACAACGCAAGCGGCAACAACUAUUACUAUUGCAGAUAUUUCAAAAGAGCAUACACAGGACAAUGUUAAGUAUAUUCUUGUCAACGAAAUUUUAGAUUUUCAAGCAGCUUUAGACCAAUGUUAUUUGUAUAAUUACGAGCCUUUCUUUGCGAAUGAUGGACUUGUUUCAUUAGGAAUUCUUCUGGGAAAAAUUUUAGAGAAGAACGUUGAAACAUGGAUUUUCAUUGAUGAUAUUUCAAACGAAAAUACCUUUAAAUGGUGGAAAUUGGGAUCGACAAUGAAUUCUCAAAUAGCUGGCAACUUGAAUACAAAACCAAAUAAUGCUAAUGACAAUUGUGUAGCAGCCACUAAACCAUUUGUUAUUCCUGUGUUAUAUGUAAGAAAUUGUGGACAGGGGAAAAAGUUUAUUUGCCAGAAGAAUAUUUGA